CUAAUUAAGCCAAAACACAGCAGCAACAGCAUUUCAAUGGAGGAUAUUCCCAGAAAAUAACGGUGUAGCCGGUGAUAUUGAUAAUUAUACAAGUAGUGUAUUUGUCAGUAUGUAAGAGCGAGGCACAGAGCAAGAUGCUUGAGAGGAUUUAUGCUGAGCUGAAGAUAUCCGGAGGACAACUCUGCGUAUAUCGAACGUAGAAAGAAUGAGCACAUUUGUGACGCUGGCGGAGGUGCUGGAGUCACGGGGAGCUCCUCUGGAGGAGGACGAGGUCUGGGCUCUCCUCCUCGGUGCUGCAGAAACCUUGAUCUCCAUCUCCAGUAAAGAUCCUGGUAACAUGUGCUGUGUCAUCAGUCCCGGCUCCAUGCUCCUUUCUGCAGUCGGCAGUAUUGCCUUCAAGAGCUGCGGACGAGCUGAGGACAUGAGCUCAUUCGCUUCCCCGGAAAUGUCACAGAGCAACCCUUCCUUCAGAAGACAGGCCACGGAGAAGAUGGUGGUUUACUCACUAGGCAUGACUCUCUAUUGGACAGUAGAUUAUCAUCUUCCACAAAAUCAGCCCAUCCGGCUCAGCGACAGCCUGAACAGUCUUUUACUGAGCAUGUGCGAGGAUGUGGCUCACAAACGGGUGAACCUGCUGACAGUGCUGGAGACAUGUGAACAACACCAUAAGACCACCGUCCUGCCCCGGCCACAGAAAGCCAUCAGACAGAUGGCAGAGGAUGUUCUGCAGGCUGAAAGAAACCCAAAUGAUUCUGCUCAUCUUACAGACCGAAGCCAGAUGGUUAGAGAAAGACUUCGAGGUGCGUCCCGUCAGAACUCUGUCUGGCCAUUUAAAGGGAACAGCACACCGUCACCAGCAGACUUCAGCAGGUCAGCAGCUCUCAACUCAUCCCUUCAACAUCAGGCAUAUAAUGAAUUUUUCUUUCUUGACAAUGACACAAAAAUAUCCAAAGUUGCUCCUGGCGCCUGGAAAAAAGUGCCCUCUGCCACAUUUGUGCUUCAUUUCCGCAUCAGAUAUUUUGUGAAUGACGUCUCUGUUCUUCUACACAAGCUGACCCGUCAUCAGUACUAUCUCCAGCUGAGACGGGACAUUCUGGACGAUCGUCUUCCCUGUAAUGAGGAGACCUGCUUGUUUCUUGGUGCCUUGGCUCUUCAAGCCGAGUUUGGGGACAGUAUGCCUGAGGUCUGGGGGAAGAACUACUAUCAGCCUGAGCAUUACGUUUCCAAGAGUGUUUUGCAGAAAAUGGCAAUGCCUUGCCUGAAACAAGAGUUGCUACGGUUACACGCCAACAAUGCAAACAUGAGUGCAGAGGAGGCCGAGCUCGAGUUUCUCAAGAGCAUCCAGCAGCUUCCGGAGUACGGCGUGCUGUUUCACCGCGCGGCCCGUGAGAAGAAGCCCGUGUUCGGAGAGCUGCUGCUGGGAGUGUGUGCCAAAGGAGUCAUUGUGUAUGAAGUUAUUAAUAACUCCCAAACCGCAAGCCUUAGAUUCCACUGGAGAGAGACGACCAAUAUCACCUCAGCUCGACGUAAAUUCAUCAUUGAGAGCAGCACCAGCAAAAAGAAGCACAUCUUUCUGACUGAAAAGUCAAAAGUUGCCAAAUACCUGUGCGACCUCUGCUCUGCACAGCACAAGUUUCACAAGGAGAUGAGCUCCCGCCAGCUCACACGCAGCCUCGCUUCAGAGGAGAGUAUGGUGCAGUAUGCAGCCGCGUGCAGGACUCAAAACGACGAGCACAACGGCGGACGCCUCGACGCCUCCAUGAGCAGGUUCUGUGAGGACGUCGCUUCCCGCAUUGAAGUAAAGAUCAAACAACAAAGAGACUUUCUAGACCACACAGGAUCUCAAAGUCCAGCGUUUCAGAGAAGCUCUUGUAGCUCUCCAAAGCGUUGCUAUGAAGUCCCUUCAAUGUCCUCACCAUUAAGAGAUACUCCAACAAGUGUACGAUCUCCAGAGAGGGAAAUAAUCUGCGUUUCCCUUAAAAAAGAUCCCAAAGUUGGCCUUGGUAUUGUAAUUGUCGGAGAAGACAAUGCUGGGAAACUGGACCUCGGGAUCUUCAUCGCAUCCAUAGUACCUGGAGGCCCAGCUGACCGAGAUGGACGCAUCAAACCAGGUGGUCGACUGAUCUCUCUGAACCAGCUCAGUCUGGAGGGCGUGUCCUUCAGCGAGGCCGCUGACAUCAUGCAGAGCAGCUCCAGUGAGGUGGAGCUCAUCGUCUCACAGACAAAAGUACCUGGAGGCCCAGCUGACCGAGAUGGACACAUCAAACCAGGUGGUCGACUGAUCUCUCUGAACCAGCUCAGUCUGGAGGGCGUGUCCUUCAGCGAGGCCGCUGACAUCAUGCAGAGCAGCUCCAGUGAGGUGGAGCUCAUCGUCUCACAGACAAAAGCUCUGUUUAAGCGUGGAGGCGCUGGUCAUCUGGCAGAGAGGAACUGUGAGUCUCAGAGCACCAUACUGGCCGACGGUCAAGCAGGAGACCACUAUCUGGACGAGCUGGUCAGCGUUAUGAUGACCCCUAAAGGAACGAACCGGCUCCAUGUUCCUGAGGUUCGCAUUAUAAACGCUCAGGAUGAUUAUUCCAGGUCAGCGUCUCUGAUCAGCCUGAGACCUGAAGACUUUACUGUAACACUUCAGAAAUCUGGAGGGAGUCUGGGCAUCAGUAUCGCUGGAGGAGUGAACACAGGUCUCCGUUAUGGAGGUAUUUACAUCAAGAGUCUGGUCCCUGGUGGAGCAGCUGAACAAGACGGACAUAUCCAGACAGGGGACAGACUGUUGGAAGUGGACGGCACCAGACUGCAGGGAUUCACAGAUCAGCAGGCGGCUGAAUGUUUGGCAAGAACAGGAGAGGUGGUGAGUCUGGUGCUGGAGCGGGACGGAGGCUCUGUGCUGCAGCAAGGCCCUGUAAACACACUCACCAUCCGCACACCUAGUCCUGCAGGGACACCGAUGAGGAACAGCUGCCCUGCCAUCACCAUGACCAGACCCUUCGGCCUCAAGUCCAGAGACUACAGCUUCGUGUCGCACGAUAACAUUCAGGAGGUGACUCUUAAGAAGAGACUGAACGGUCUGGGCUUCAGCUUCUUCAUCACAGAGCUGGACACGUCUCUCGACUCCGGCUCCAUCGUGCGAAUCAGAAAACUGUUCCCAGGUCAGCCUGCAGAGGAGAGCGGCAAGAUUCGGGAAGGAGACGUCAUUCUGUCCAUUAACGGAGAGCCACUCAAGGGCUUGUCCUAUCAGCAAGUGCUGCAGUUACUGAGGAAUUCUCCUUCAGAGGUGCAGCUGCUUCUCUGCCGUCCUGCUCAAGGUAUCGAGAGAAUGACCAACACGGACAAUAGAUUUAAUAUCAUGUCAUUUGGACAUUUUGAUUCAUUUGCCUUCUUUAAAAGUCUAAGAUAGCAUGGAC